AUGGCGUCCUCUUUUCCCACCAACCAAGCAAUCGUCGUCGGGGGCGGAUUAGGAGGCAUGUCUGCCGCCAACACGGUGGUCGAAUGCGGCGGCCGUGUCGUCUUGCUGGACAAGUCGUCCUUCUGCGGCGGGAACAGCACGAAGGCGACGUCCGGCAUCAAUGGGGCAGGCACCAAGACUCAGAAGGCCAACGGCAUCCCCGACAAUGCAGAGAUCUUCACUCAGGACACGCUGAAAGGCGGAGCAAAGAAGCCUGAGCUUGCAAAGCUGUUGUGCGAUAACAGUGCAGAUGACGUGGAUUGGCUGGUGGACAAGUUCAAUCUCGACCUGUCCUUAGUUGCACGCCUCGGUGGCCACUCGCAGCCCCGAACCCACAGAGGGAAGGAGCGAUUCCCCGGCAUGACGAUCACCUAUGCCCUGAUCCAGAUGUUGGAGAAGGUUGCAGAGAAGACGGAUUUGGCCCGCAUCAUCACGAAGGCCAAGGUCUUCAAGCUGGUGACGGAGGGCAAGGCCUGCGUGGGCUGCGUCUACGAGAAGGGCGGCCAGAACUUCCAGGAGUUCGGCCCUGUGAUCCUGGCCUCAGGUGGCUUUGGUGCGGAUUUCACCCAGAACUCGCUGCUGGCUAAGUACCGCCCGGAUCUGCUGCACCUGCCCACCACCAACGGCGAGCACUGCACCGGCGACGGCAUCAAGAUGGGCGAGGAGAUCGGGGCGAAGACCAUCGACCUGGAGUGGGUGCAGGUCCACCCCACCGGCCUUGUGAAGCCGGACGACGCGGACGCCAAGAUCAAGUUCCUCGCUGCCGAGGCCCUCCGAGGUGUGGGCGGCAUCAUCCUGAACGCGGAGGGCAACCGCUUCUGCAACGAGCUGGGCCGCCGCGACUACGUCACUGGGGAGAUGUGGAAGAGCAAGCCGCCCUUCAGGCUCUGCCUCAACAAGGCAGCCUCUGACGAGAUCAUCUGGCACUGCAAGCACUACACGGGGCGCGGCGUCAUGAAGUUCUACGGCAGUGGUGAGGACCUUGCCAAGGACAUGGGGGUGCCUCUCUCCGUCAUUGAGAAGGCGCACGAGGACCACUUCCAGGCCGCCAAGAAGACGGAGACAGACCCCGACGGCGGCCCAUUCCCCGCCUACCCGUCAGGCAAGUGCUGGGACGAGGCCAGCGGCAAGACGGGCAGUGGCAAGAAGUUCUUCCACAACAUCAUCCCAGGCUCUGCGGUGAAGAACGAACCCUUCUACGUAGCCAUCAUCACCCCGGUGAUCCACUACUGCAUGGGUGGCCUGCUCAUCGACACCGAUUCUGCGUGCAUCGGUGCGAGCAACACGCCGGUCCCCGGCCUCUACGCCGCAGGCGAGGUGGCCGGAGGCGUGCAUGGCAACAACCGCUUGGGCGGUAACUCUCUGCUGGACUGCGUGGUCUUCGGCCGCGUGGCGGGCAAGGCAGCUGCCAAGUACAUGUUGGGCGCAGACAUGAAGGACGUGGACCUCCGGGAGGUUACUGGCGGUGGGCUGACGGGAGCCGUCGAGAGCUCCAAGCUUGCUGGUGGCUCCUAUGAGGACAAGAUGAACUCCUCAGCACCAGCUGCCGCAGCAGUUCCUAUGGCCAACGGCGGAGGCGGUGGCGGUGGCAUCACAUUGGCGGAUGUGGCCAAGCACAACACGAAGACAGACUGCUGGGUGGUGGUCGACGGGCAGGUACUUGACGUCACCAGCUUCUUGUCGGAGCACCCGGGUGGCGAGUUGGCCAUUCUCACCUUUGCUGGAAAGGAUGCAACGGAGGAAUUCAACAUGAUCCACCCUCCCGAUGUCAUCGGCAAGUACGCUCCGGACUCGGUUGUCGGCAUGAUUGGUGGCGGUGGCGGCGGGGGCGGUGCGGUCGCUGCCGCUGGUGGAGGCGGCGGCGGUGGCGGCGGAAUCCCCUUGACGGAAGUCGCCAAGCACAACACCAAGACGGACUGCUGGGUGGUGGUCGAUGGUCAGGUGCUUGAUGUCACUAGCUUCCUGUCGGAUCACCCGGGCGGCGAGUUGGCCAUCCUCACCUUCGCUGGAAAGGAUGCCACGGAGGAGUUCAACAUGAUCCAUCCGCCAGAUGUGAUCGGCAAGUACGCGCCGGACUCCGUGAUCGGGGCCGUUGGCUCGGGCGUGGCCGCUGCCGCGCCCAGCGCCGCCCCCAAGGCCAGCGGGCCCAUCAGGAAGGACACGGGCAGCAAGCUCGGGAACCACCAGGCCUGGGGGCACCUCGACGGGGCGCCCAACUGGCGUGUGGACCUCGACGAGAACCCAGGUGUGCUGCUGAUUAACGUGAAGUCUUACUUCAAUGCGACCUGGUUCCUGCUGCUGGCGGUGCUGUAUGAAGUUUGCGCGACGAUCUUCUCCGCCAAGAAUAUCAAGAUCUCCAACGACCGCCUCGGUCUCACCCGCAGCGCCAUCUUGCUGAUCCUUUUCAUCGUCAUCCACGCGGUAGGAAACCUCCAUGUCUUCAAAGGCCCAGAUGACUUCAACGGCUACGGCUACUUCUACGUGCGGCUGUACUGGACGGGCUUCGGCCUUCCAGCCAACAUCGUUGAGGAGUACAUCCUCCUGUCCGUGUUGCUCCACGUCUUUGUGGGCCUGAAGCGAACCUGG